UAGCUCUAGCUAGUCUUGUAAAGAACUACUUUUACCUUUUGGCAUGUGGUCAUCAUCUUUGAAUCUGAUGGGUUAUUUUGUAAGCUUUGUGUUAUGUAUACACUAAUAUAAUUAGUUCAGUGUGGGUCGGCAUCGGCAUUAUUUGAGUCACAGUAAAAUAAUCUAUAGUGGUUGGGUCCUACAUAUGCUGGCUACUUUUAGGUAUAAUUUUGUGUCCUAGGAAUAGAUGAUCUUUCUUAGAAUAUGCAGCCUAGGGAAUGGAGAAGAGUGGCUUCUUUUUCUCUUCUGCCUUUGGUUUCUUCUCUCCUUGGUGGAGUGGAAGAAGAGGACAAGAAUGACAACACAGAUGAGAAUAAUCAGUGUUUUUUGUCCUUUCCUCUUAUUUGUCUCUUUAUAACUCUUGCUUAUGUCCUCCCUUUGGGCUUCUAACUGUGAAUGUUGGAAGAAGGCCAUACUGCUCUUGGUCCUGUAGGUAAUAACUUUCCUGAUUCAUUCCUUAUCCAUUCAGUUAUGUAAUCCAUAGUUUAUGCCAUAUAUUUCAUUUGUUUGGAAUUGCAAUAUCCAGACUAUGAGGUCAGUAUUCUGUAAAGUGAUAAUUGAUUCUAGAUAUUUGGUGUUCUGUAAAGUUGUUAGUCCAAAAUAUUUGAUUCUGGAUACUUAGUAUUCUGUAAAGUUAAAUCUCAGGAACUAACGUAUGUGCUAAUCCAUCACUCAUCAGUAAUCCUCUCUUAUGCAUAUAAUCAACAUGUAUCAUGAGUCAUGACUUUGACAUGAUGAUAAAGUGGCAUCUAGACCCUAAAAGUUCCAGCGUAAACACAGGAGAAUAGUACAAUGCAUAUCCUCGCUUUGUCCUACUUUCAACUGGUUUCAGUACAGUUCUUGAGACGAUUAACUAUCACCGGCGGUGAAUACCAGAUUUCAUAUGCCAGUAUCCCACCAACUGUGUAUAAAGCAGUGACUUAUAUGGAAAUGUAUCUCCAGGGUAGUACUUUCCAUGUGAGAGUCAGGUAUUAACUUCCAAACACAAAGGUUCACAGUUUUCAGCUAGUUCACAGAAGGGCAUGGCGACUUGCUAGUUUUAUUCCUUUUUUAUGUCCAGUUCUUCACCAGCCACCAGGACAUAAAAUUUCUUUGAUGUGUUCAUCAUGAACAAUGUCAACCAUUGCAAUUUAGUAGUACAAUAUUUCAAGGAUCCCAUGAAAAAGCAAUGGGAAAGUAAAACCUGCGUACAUCAUAGUGAUACUACUGGAUGAACUGUGGUCUGUUGAAUGAAAUUAACAGUGGGUCUCCUGUCUCAGUUUGUAUUUUUGCACCAUGCAGUAAGUUCUUUUUUACGUAUCAUUCUAAUGUUGUUCAUUUUCGUUGCGUACAACUUAUGCUGGAUUAUUUGGCAGAGUGACUUAUCAUUGUUGAGCUACAUAAUUGCAUUGUGAACUAAUUGCUGCUAUAAUAUUGUCAUGGAAUGGAAGAUGAGCCAAAAGUUACUUUGAAUUUGUUUGAACUUCAAGAUAGGCAUAAUUAAUCUUGGUCUUUCUUAGUAAUUUAAUAAAUAUUUUUGUAAUUUGUUCUGUAGAUGUCACAAUAAUGCAAAUCUUCUGAAGCACAGAAACUUCGAGUGAUCAAGUAUGCUAGCUGCAGAGAGCAACUCAGGGAACAACCGGCACUCUCGCAAUGAUUCUUCCACACGGCACAAAAGUGGCUAUGAACCUUCAGAUACAGAAACUGAGUGGCAUGAAAGCCCUUGGAACGAUGCAAUAUUGAAAUCACAGAGGACUGUGCUGCCUAAAGAUCCUGGUAGGAUCCCACAAGUUGGUGCUAGAAGGCAAAACACAUCCCCCAACCGUACAAAGGAGCAUCCGGAUGAGAAAACUUCAAACUUAAGAAACAGUCGUACUCCUCCCAGGGUCACAGAACAAAGGCACCAAACUUCCCCAUACACUGGUGGAAAAAAUGAAUCACGCAAGAAAAGCAGCCGAACACCUCCCAGAUUUCGGUCUUCUAUGGAAAAAUUUAGUCGUUCAUCGAUCAAGGAGAAGAUUUCCCAUCGCCGGUCAAUUUCAACACCUAAACUACGAGCACAUGAGAAGGAACAUCCUUCUAGAGUUCCGGCAUUCCAUGGCACUCCUGUCUCAACUCAGGCAGAAAGAGACUCAACUGAUUUUAUGAAAGCAGAUUCACACGCAGAACCGGAGAUAAAUGAGUUGAUUGCAAAUGGCAAGUUGUCCAAUUCUAGGCAUAAUGAGUAUACAUGCACAAGCACAGAGUCAGUAGCUACAGGUGAAAUAUUCAUCUCCCGUGAUUGCAGGGCUCAGUUUGAGAAAACAUCAGUAAAGCAUAAGGAUGUUGACAAAUCUUUUACCUCUAAUUCAAAUGCCGAUGCUGAGAAUGACGGUGCUGUUACUCAAGCAAAUAUCAGUAACCUGGGUCAGACAUCACAGUUUGUUUCAGUCCGGACAGUUUUUUCACAAACAACUACAAACACCAGCUAUGCUACUGGUCGGCACUCCCAAAUUAGCAGUGGCACCACUUUGAGUAACCAGUUUAAUAGUGGCAGAUAUAGUGGGGACAGCGGGAAGUUCAGUGAUUUUACUGGGAAACUAGUUGGAGGCGUCAUGAAAUUCACCUCCAAUGUGCAGAAGGCACAAAAUGAUGCUUGGUUUCCAUGUGUGACUGGAAAGUCAUGCCAUAAACCAAGAGCACCGAACCACAAAACAACUGAUGAAUCAGAAUCAACUUUCAUUCAGAAAGCACUCGUCAUAGAGAAGAUUAGACUUUUCUGGGCUGAUAAGUAUCGUCCACGAACAUUGAGUGGAUUUACCUGUCACAGGGAGCAAGUUCAACAGCUUAAAGAAUUGGUUUCGCCAGAGUUUUGCCCUCAUAUCAUUCUCAAAGGGCCUCCUGGGUCAGGGAAGAGAUCAUUGUGCAGAGCUGUACUCACUGAGAUCUUUGGUGAUUCCUCUCUGAAUGUAUCUCACUGUUUGAAGAGUUGCAAUGGCCAGGGCUCUGCAUCUUUGCCCAUUCUUGUCCCCUUAUCAUCAAGUGAUCACCAUGUUGAACUUAACAUGAGGUCUCAAUCUAAGAAUGCAAGAUAUGCUUUGACCGCUCUGGCGAAUGAAAUGUCAAAUAAGCAUAAAACCUCUGAGGCAUCUGCAAGAAAGAACUUUAAAGUAAUUGUUCUCUAUGAUGUCGACAAAGUUAGUGAGAAUAAUCAACGUUUGAUAAAAUGGAUAAUUGAUUCCUCCUCUGAUGCAUGCAAGAUAAUGAUGACUUGCCAAGAUGAGUCCAAUCUUCUUGAUUCUAUCGUGAGCCGUUGUAAGCUUAUUACCAUUGGCGUGCCCAAUACACGUGAGAUUGUGGAGAUUCUUACUUACAUAUCAAAAAGAGAGAGUUUUGAUCUUCCUGCAAGUUUUGCUGCUACCAUUGCAAGUCAAUCUGCGCGGAAUAUGAGGGAGGCAAUAUUGGCCUUAGAGGCAUGCAAAGCCAGCAAUUACCCCUUCAUUGAUGGACAAGCUAUACCUCUAGGAUGGGAGGGUGUUCUUCAGGAGCUUGCAGCAGAAAUUUUAGAUGACCCUUCUCCUAAGAGGUUAUUUUUGGUACGAGGCAAGCUCCAAAAACUCUUGGUUGAAUUUGUACCUCCUAAACUUAUUCUCCAGAAACUUGUAGAGCUGUUCCUGAAGGGAAUUCAUGCUAGCAUAAAGAGGGAAGUUUAUUAUUGGCAUGCCUACUAUGAUAAGAGGUUGCCGGCUGGUGCAAGUGCACUGCUGAAACUGGAAGAAUUUGUUGCCAAGUUCAUGAGCAUCCACCGGAAGAACCUGUCGGUUGUUUCAUGAGGAUCACUCUAAGUUUGCACCGGAACAGCCAAGGAAAGAUUGUCUCCUUGCAGUUAAUCUAAAGCCAAUAUGUUUUAGAAAAAUCUACAGCCAAUAUUUCCAGCCAUGGAGCCGGAGUUCAGGUUUGGGGAAACCAAAACGAAAACUGCUGUGAAAUCAGUCUGGUGCAGUUGGUGUAUGUUAUAUAGGUCCUUGUGCAUUUGGUCUUGGCACACCAGAAACCAAUUAUACAUCAAUGUACAUUGGCUUCAGAAUGUACAGGGAAUAAGUUUUUGCAGGUGUUGGAAACUUCUUGUUUCAAUCUUCUAGACAGCAGAAGGAAAAUGUGUGAUCCGUGGUGUGUACAUUGAUGUUAAUUUAUAUGUACGUGUGAAGUCGUUUGUGUUGCCAUCAUCUUUGCACUUCAAGCCGAAACCGACAUGGGCAGAGAGGGAGUUUCUUUUUUCUCCCUCCCUCUGUUAACUCAUGCACAGUUAAUCACUUGGUCCGUCUAACCAAGGUCGGGCCUGCCGCGCGCCGCGCCGGACGCGCAGUCCUUUUUACCGGGUCCUGUAUGGUCUGUGGUGGUUUCUUGGCUGUUGGCUUGCUGUACUGAAAUUCUUCUCCUUUGUUGGCUGGCUGGGUGGUUUGUGCCUUUUGUAAGCUGGUUGUCCCCCAGCAGGAUCUCGUAAACUUUCUAAUAAAACAAUGAUGUGUGGAUGGUA